CCACUCCCGCCCCACACCGACACUUCCCACCGUCCGCCGCCAUGGACCGCGAACCUUCAGUCUCCGACGACGACGACGACCUCGAGACCCUCGUCCCCCAGAACCACACCAAGCCACCGUCCCCCUCCUCCCGCUCCCGUGCCCCCUUCGCCAUAUCCGCCCUCCGCCCCGCACUCCCCUCCACCGCCGCAUCGUUCGGCCGCCAGCUCUGGUCCCGCCGCUACCUCCUCAUCUGCAUCUCCCUCCCCGUCCUCUUCAUCGUCCUCUUCUUCUCCCUCGGCGGGGCUUCCUCCCUCCCCGCCUCUAUCCGCCUCCCCUCCGCCUCCUCCGCCGCCGACCCGGCCGCCUCCCGCAUGCGCGAGGCCGAGCUCCACGCCCUCUACCUCCUCCGCUCCCAGCGCUCCGGCCUCCUCAGCCUCUUCAACCGCACCAACACCUCCACCCCCACCAACACCUCCACUCCCACCCCCGUCCCGCUCUCCGAUCUCCACGCCGCGCUCCUCACCCAGAUCAAGAUCAACCGCGAGAUCCAGGAGGCGCUCCUCUCCACGCACCACUCCGGGGCCCGCAAUGCCACCGAAGACGGUGCUCUGGAUCUUGAUCUGCCGGGCCCUGGGUGCAGGCGGAAGGACUUGCCGUACAACCGGCGGACGAUCGAGUGGAGCCCCAAGAAGAACCGGUACCUCUUCGCCAUCUGUCUCUCCGGCCAAAUGUCCAACCACCUGAUUUGCCUGGAGAAGCACAUGUUCUUCGCCGCGCUUCUCGGCCGGACCUUGGUGGUUCCCAGCCAGAAGGUCGAUUACCAGUACGACAAGGUGCUUGAUAUCGAAAACAUCAACAAGUGUAUCGGGAAGAAGGUUGUGAUCACCUACGAGGAGUUCGCAGAGACAAGGAAGAAAGUGAGCAUCGAUCAGUUCAUAUGUUACGUCGCGUCGCCGCCGUGUUACAUGGAUGAGGAUCACAUCAAGAAGUUGAAGGAUAGACUCGGGAUUUCGAUGGGGAAGAUCGAGGCUGCUUGGCCAGAGGACGCGAAACUGAAACAGCCAAAGAAGAGAUAUGUAGCGGACAUCACGCCAAAGUUUACGACCGACGCCGAGGUGCUUGCGAUCGGCGAGAUGUUCUCCGCUGAUGCUGAGGAGGAGUGGCUGAUGCAGCCUGGUGGUCCACUGGCUCACAAAUGCAGGACUUUGAUCCAGCCAAGCCGGCUCAUAAUGCUCACUGCGCAGCGAUUUGUGCAGACUUUCUUGGGUGGAAACUACAUUGCUCUGCAUUUUCGGCGACAUGGCUUUCUUAAAUUCUGUAAUGUGAAGAAAGAGAGCUGCUUCUUCCCCAUCCCUCAGGCAGCAGAAUGCAUCCUGCGAAUCGUUGAGAAAGCUAAUGCCCCCUUGAUAUAUCUGUCAACUGAUGCUGCUGAGAGCGAGACAAAUCUUCUGCAGUCCUUGGUUGUAUUCAAUGACAGGCAAGUACCUCUUGUAAAAAGACCAGAGCAUCACAGUUCUGAAAAAUGGGAUGCCUUGUUGUACAGAGAUCACAUGGGUGGAGAUAAUCAGGUUGAGGCCAUGCUCGACAAGACAAUCUGUGCGCUGUCAAACGUUUUCAUAGGAACGUCUGGCUCUACCUUCACAGAGGACAUCUUCCGGCUACGGAGGGGCUGGGGGUCGAUGUCCUACUGCGACGAGUACCUUUGCCAGGGUGAGCUACCAAACUACAUAGCGGAGCAAGACUGAGAAAAGCAACACACACUAGUCAAAUUCGUAGCCACAUUCUUUGCCCUUGGCGUGCUGGUGAUAUAUAUCAUGUAAAUUGGCGUUGUACAUCUAGUUUAGAUGUGUCGGUGGUUGAUGUCUGUAUCAGUGUGCCCCGUUGAUUUGUGCGGGCAGCGUUUAUAUUCUUACACGGCUAGGUAAUACAGAGAAGCCUUUUGGGUUGUGCAGUGUUUUCUAA